AUCCGUUGCAACUCUAAUCGACUGAUUAUUUUUCCGAAGGUUACGUAAAACGGAGCAGGAUUACGAGAGCAGCUAUCAUGUGCUACAAUCUGGCGGAAACCUGGUGGUGAACCAAAACGCUGAAGCGCCUCCCCGAGCGUUGUUUCCAAUCAGGACAAUCAGGAAAACGAGGGAACUGCCGUCGGAAAACUGCGACCUGCUAAUGCCAGAAGAUGUCGCUCCAGCAUAUAAGCUGGCGUUCAGGUUUAUCUAUCUGGUAAAGUUUCUGUCUGCACGGAGAAAGUUUAAACAAGCGCUGAAACCGUACGAUGUUAAGGACGUCAUAGAGCAAUACGCAGCUGGUCACGUAGAAAUGCUAGCUCGGAUUAAAGUUUUGCAUCAGAGGUAGCG